AUGGGCCGCACACCAAGCCAUCCGAAGCUGGGUGGUGAAGGAACUGCAGACGUUCCAAGGGCAAAGGAUCCAAAAGCCCGCCCGCCACGAGGAUGGCGAGAUACGGCAUUCUUCCCAGGAAGGACCCUGCCUACAUACACUGGCCCAUAUACUGUCGCUACCAUGGAGAUCGAAGUACCGGCCAGAAAUCCCCAGGUCUUUUCGAACAUCAAGCGUAACGGCAAACAUGCACUGCGGCUGGAAACCUGCCUCAUGACCAUCUACUACCCAUCAAACAAUUCCGAGCCCAACCUGCAGACAAAUGACCCAGAUUAUUCCCGCGAGCUGUGGCUUGGCCGGCCGAGAGUCGAUAUUGCGAAAGGAUAUGGUCAUUUCGCCGGGAUUGGUUCUCUGGCGGUACCUCUAUUCCUGCCCGCGAUGUUCACGAAACUUCCGGCAUAUCGCAAUGCCCCUGUAGCAAAGCACUGGGCGCCGCGGGCAAAUGUCAAGAACGGAGGUCUCAAAGUGAAGAAUGAAACAGGCUCUGCACCGGAUGAUGCGCCAGAUGAGCCAUGCUUCCCGCUCAUUAUAUUCAGUCACGGUCUCGGCGGUACAAGGACCAUGUACAGUUCAGUAUGUGGCGAGUUCGCCAGCUACGGAUUCGUGGUCUGUGCGAUUGAGCAUCGAGACGGCUCCGGACCACGGUCAUUUGUCAACCACGCGACGUCGGGAGAAGGUAGUAUGGCAGAACGUGAGGGUGAUGGCGGUGUUGAUCAUGUCCCGGAAGACAAGGAGAAAGGAUGGGAAGCAAUCGACUACCUAUUUCCGCUGGAUAAUCCUUGGGAUACAUCACCUCACAACGACAAGGGGGUUGACAGGGAACUUAGAGACGCCCAGAUCGCUCUACGGAUGGCGGAGAUCGACGAGGCGUACACUGUUCUGGAGGAGAUAUGCAAUGGAGACGGCGAGCCUGUUGCCAAGCGCAACCUUCGUCAGAAAGGCUUCAAAGGCUCCACCUCGCACGGCAUGGAAGGCAUUGACUGGUCUCGGUGGAAAAACAGGAUCCGCCUCGACCAUGUUACGGCAGCCGGCCACAGUUUCGGAGCUGCCACGAUUAUUGAGAUGCUGCGCCACCAUGAUCGUUUUCAUUAUGUGUCUCAAGGGAUCGUCUAUGAUACCUGGGGUGCUGGCCUCAAGCCCCCGGAGAGCGAGCCCACGCAGCACCGCAUCCGCGCGCCACUGCUCGCCAUCAACAGCGAAGCAUUCACAUACUGGCCUAGCAAUUUCGAUCUGGUCGAGUCGCUCGUUCGCGAAGCUCAAGACGGCCCAGACCCAAAGCCGUCGUGGCUUCUGACCCUGCGUGGGACUAUCCAUGUCUCCCAAUCCGACUUCUCCAUCAUCUACCCUCAUGUCUGCUCGUUAUUGUUGAAAAUGGUCGCCAAUCCGAAGCGAGCCUUGGACCUCAACAUCAACGCAAGCAUGGAAUUCUUGAGCCACGUACUGCCGAAGGAGAUGUCCGAAGUGAGUCGCGCAUACCAGAAUGAGGGACUGUUGGAGUCUCAAGUCACUUCUCUGGAAAAAGUCCCACAGAACCAGAAGUUGGAGCCUCGGAAUGAAUGGAUAGCCAUGAGGCUGAAGAUCCGGCAUGAAUGGCUCUUCCGGAUCAGUCCAACGCUGUUCCGCAAGAUUCGACAGCUACGAAAUCAGCAGAAGGGCGAGCAGCCUGAUUCUUACGACGAGGUUUGGCUGCACGUCAAGCCCAGCGCCGAAGCAAUCGAUCAACAUAUGCAGAGCAUGGACAAGAACCCAGUCCUCCGGGAAAGGGUCACUCAGGCCAUGCCCGCGGCGCGCACUGGUCGAGAUGACGAAGGCGAGCCGGUAGACCCGCCACCCAACAAGGAAUUGGGAGCUCCAGAGUCCACAUCUGUCAAUCCAGAUCCAUAG